AUGGCUCAUCAACAUAGGCGCACUUAUACCCGCACCAUCCUCUUUUCAGAAACUUUUGAUUUCCCAACGCCGCCAACAUGGGCACAAGACGAGGCUCUCCUCCCACCAAAUGGUGAGGUGCAACAAUAUCACCAAAGGGCCAGCCAAAUGCCCGUUGGUGCUCCCUGGCCGUCCAUGCCUCCGACGCCGUCCAUGCCCACCCGGCCCAUGAGCCGGAUGCCGCGCAUGUCGCACGUUCCGGUAACACUGCACGACAAGCCGCUGCCUGAAUACCCUCAUUCGCACGACUUGAUUAUCGACUGCAGCGGCGAAGCAACCACCCCGGCGACCGCGCCGGUCGCGGCUUCUAUGCCGUCGCCUGGGGAGGUUUCCCGCUGGAGUAUCUGCAGCGACGACACCGUAGUCGGCGAGUCCAUGUCGCGCCCGCUGUCCCCGAGCAGCUCCAUCCAAAAGCUGCGCAGCAUGGCCAGCUACACUGCUUUGCGAAGCGUCAAGUCUUCGAUGAAGCUACGAGUAAAACUUAAUACGACUUUGAAGCAGCUUGCGAGGAGGACCAAGAGCAUGGGUUGA